AAACCCAAAGGCAGAGUUCAGUGGUCUCAUUUCAAACACGAUUCAGCCAUUCUUCUACCCAGAAGAAGCAAUUGGCAAGCAAUUAUGUACUCGGAAACGAAAAAGGAAACCACAUCAACAAAAUCAAAGGCUUAGUCAUUCUCGGUUGCUCUCUGUCUCUCUCGCGUUUGGAUUUCUCUGCUCUACGUUUGUUUCCUCCGACAAUGGCAGACCUGCCUCCUCCAAUUUCGCCCUCUCGCACUACUUGCGCUUCUCUACUCAGCCAUUUGCAGAUAAUAUGGGAUGAAAUUGGAGAAAGUGAUAAUGAUAGAGACAAGAUGCUUCUUCAACUUGAGCAAGAAUGCCUUGACAUUUACCGACGAAAGGUUGAAGAAACGAGGAAGUACAAGGCAGACCUGUACCAGUCAUUAAGUGAUGCAGAAGCUGAAAUCACCAAUAUUUUAUCUAGCCUUGGAGAGUGUGCCUCAUUUUCACGGGGAAAAGGUACUCUUAAGGAGCAAAUAGCUAUGGUUAGACCUGUCUUAGAGGAGUUGAGGUCAAAAAAGGAGCUACAAAUCAAAGAAUUUUCAAAGGUACUGUUCCAGAUUUCCCAGAUUAGUGCCGAAAUAGCUGGGUGCAGACCAUCCAAUGAGGGUAGAGAACAGGAAGUUAAUAAUUUGACAGUCAAGAAGUUGGACCAACUUAAGUCACAUCUUCAAGAACUUCAGAAUGAAAAGAUCUUGCGCCUUCAGAAGGUGACUAGCCAUAUCAGUACUAUCCAUGAGCUUUCAGUCGUAAUGUCAAUUGAUUUUUUGAAGAUGUUGAAUGGAAUUCACCCUAGCCUGGGUGACUCAUCAGAGGGUAUGCCAAAAAGCAUCAGCAAUGACACACUUGCCAGAUUAACUGAGGUUAUUCAUUCAUUAAAGCUGGAUAAGAAACAAAGGCUGCAAAAGCUCCAAGAACUUGCUAGGUCCUUAGUAGAGCUGUGGGAUCUCAUGGAAAUACCAAUUGAUGAGCAAAAGGACUUUAGCCAUGUUACUAGCUUAAUUCCAUUGUCAGUUGAUGAAGUGUCAAAACAAGGGUGCCUUUCUGUGGAUGUCAUUGAGCAGGCUGAGCAUGAAGUUCAGCGCUUGGAAAUUCUGAAGGGAAGUAAGCUAAAGGAUUUGGUGUUUAAGAGGCAGAAUGAGCUCGAAGAAAUUUAUACAGGAGUUCACAUGGAUGUGGAUAGUGAUAAAGCUAAACAGAUUCUGACUGGCCUCAUAGAAUCUGGUAGUAUUAGUCUUUCUGAUUUGCUUCAGAGCAUGGAUGAUCAAAUCAGAAAAGCCAAAGAAGAAGCUCUCAGCAGGAAGGAUAUCUUGGAUAAGGUAGAGAAGUGGCACUUAGCUGCUGAGGAGGAAAAUUGGUUAGAUGAAUAUGAAAGGGAUGAAAAUCGAUAUAGUGCACUGAGAGGAGCACACAAAAAUUUGAAACGUGCAGAAAAAGCACGGAUCCUAGUAAGCAAAAUACCAUCUAUAGUAGAGAAUUUGACUGCAAAAGUAAAGGCCUGGGAGACAGAAAAUGGAAUACCUUUCUUAUAUGACAAGGUUCCAUUGCUACAAAGCUUGGAUGACUUUAAUGCGCAGAGGCAACAGAAAGAAGAAGAGAAGCGCAAAUCUCGGGAGCAGAGACGACAACAAGAACAACUUGCUGCAGAACAAGAGGCACUCUUUGGUUCAAAGUCUACAACGAAGAAACCUUUUGGUCAGACUACAAAUAAUAACAGCAUAACUGGGACACCCAUUGGGCGCCGAGUCCUUACUCCUUCAAGCCGAUAUGGAUCAUUGAGCGCCAAGGAACGUAGAGAAAGUGGCAGGGUCAAUAAAGUGGCACCAGUGAACUACGUUGCUCUUCAGAAAGAUGAUUCUAUUUCUGGGAACAACUAAGGCGUUUUCUCUUGCAGAAUAUAUCAUGUAAAUCGGUCAUAUUUGUAAAUGGUCAUAUUCUAUAGGCUCUUUCUUAUCUUCCAUAUGAGACUGCUUCUUAUAUAGGUGAGGACACGGAUUGCUGAUAUAGUUAAAUGGCCUAUUCUACAUAAGUGAUCACGUAAAAUCUUUUUGAAUCAUGAAGAAUGACAUUACUUUAGGGGUUGCUUAUAGUGUAGUGUGUGAGAGUAUAAUGGUAUUGGACAAUUCGUUCAACCGAUCUCUUUUAGUGAGAUAAAACUUGUUCUUGCCUAUAGUACAUUGUGUUCAUUCGGUCAAUUUCUUAGAAACGAAAGGGAUGUUCUAAGACUUGUUCUAGUAAUUUUUCUUUCCUUGAGUGUUGCUCAAUA